AAAAACAUCCCAAAUAUCUUGUCCUACAUUUUUUAACAAAAAGUCAUCUAUACCAUCACUUAACUUACCACCAAAAAAACAACAUGGCUGAAGAGAAGAAGCACCACUUUGGUCUCUUCCACCACCACAAAGACAAGGAAGAAGACACCCCCGUCGAGAAAACUACCUAUGGAGAAGCACCAUAUGGUGAGAAAACAACAUAUGGAGAGAGUGAAAAAACUAGUUAUGGUGAUAAUACAUAUGGCGAGAAACCUAGCACAUAUGGAGAUAACACAUAUGGUGAGAAAACUAGUUAUGGUGAUAAUUCAUAUGGCGAAAAACCUACCACCUAUGGAGAUAAUACAUAUGGUGAGAAAACUAGUUAUGGUGGGGGAGAUACCUAUGGAGACAACAAAUAUGGAGCUGAGAAAACUACUUAUGGAGAUAGUGCAUAUGGAGAGAAAACUAACACCUAUGGUGAAAAUACAUAUGGUGAGAAAACUAGUUAUGGUACUGAAGGAGGUGGCUAUGGAGGAGCUGCCUACUCAUCUGAGACUACUAAUUUUGAAGACACCACAAAAAUCAAAACUGCUGAGGAUUAUAAGGAAGAGAAAAAACACCACAAGCAUCAUGAACAUCUCGGAGAACUCGGGGCGGUUGCCGCUGGUGCCUUUGCCGUGCAUGAGAGUCACAAGGCAAAGAAAGACCCAGAGAAUGCACACAAGCACCACAUAGAGGAAGGAAUAGCAGCAGCAGCUGCAGUUGGAGCUGGUGGAUAUGCAUUCCAUGAGCAUCAUGGGAAGAAGGAAGCUAAGGAAGAACAAGAGGAAGCUGAGGGAAAGAAGAAACAUCAUUUCUUCUAAUUUUCCUCAUGAUAUUUAAUUAUCUCUUUGUUAUGAUCUUCUGUGCUGCUCUAUCCUUUGUUACUGAGCACCAAUAAAUGAGUUGUAUGUGUGUUACAGUACUCUUGUGUUUGAUGUAAGGGUUACUUUUAUACACCUUGGUCAGUUUGGCGUUUCAAGUCGUGUACAUGUUGUUCACUUUGCAGUGUGAAUAAUACUAUAUCUUGUUAAUACA